AUGAUAAGCUCAGUAGUAACAGCACAAUCUCAUCUAUCGGUUAUUACAAUCGUAUUCUACACUUGUUUGUGGAUUCCAUUCUGCCAAAUACAACAAUUCAUGCAAAAGAUGUUGGAUUUUUUGAUGUAUUAUCCAUAUCCUCGGCCAGUCAAUGAAGCAGCUAUCUAUGUUCCAACCUGCUGUGACCUGAAACUUCCGGCCAGUAGAUUCCCCGAUGUUCAGGGCCGGAGCAGUAUCGACGGGGAAGUAGAGGAAAGUUGCUCCAUUUGCUUAAUGGAGUAUGAGAAAGAAAAUGUGGUUUGUGAAUUACCAAGUUGUAAGCAUGUAUUCCAUAUGGAGUGUAUUGAGAGAUGGGUGGAAAGGGGCCAAUUCACUUGCCCUCUUUGUAGAUCUUUGCUCUUGCACCGGACAGCCGAUUCUCCUUGCAAAUGA